UAGGUUUACCAAACAACAUCUAAGAUUAACUUUUAAUAAAUAAAAAGUGGAAUCGAAUUUCAGGUUGCACAUUGCAGUUGCUCAUGUUGCGAGAGUGAAACCAGGAAAGAAUUCAUCUCGGACAUUCGGUGGCUUUCGUCUCUGCGAUUUCCCAGUUUCAUUCAUGAAGAGUGGAGAGAAAAUAUCUUUCUUUGGACACAGAAAUGUACCACUUUCUAUCGCUGUUCUUGCCGCAUUCUAUAGAUCAAAAUUAUAUAAUCUGUAUCGGUGAAUAUAGCCGGUGAUCUUAUUCCUGUAUAAAGUUGGGUUGGCAUGUGGAGUCGCUAACUUAUUAGUUAGCAACAUCUUUUGGGAAAACCAUGCCCCGUAAAGUAAACUAUGGGGUUGAUUAUGAUGAAGAUUAUGAUGAUUAUGAGGAUUACGACUAUGAAUAUUAUGUGGAGGACAAUGGUGAAGCACGCGAGCCUAAGCAAGAACUUACUAGGCGUGGGCAGUGGUCUUGCGCCAUUUGCACGUAUGAUAAUGACGAGAAUAUGUCUGCAUGUGACAUUUGUGGGGUGAUUCGUAAUCCUACUGAGGGCAACUACAUCAACAGUGAUAAGAGAACAGCUGACAGUAUGUGCAAGGAUUCUGGCGUAUCCAUAUUGGCCAAGUCUCUUUUUGCAUCAUUGCCACAUCGGACACCCCACAAGCCUGUAAUAGCUCAACUGCAGAAAGAUGAUUUUAUGACAAAAGGGGGCAGUAACUUUCUCAACUGUGAGAAUUUCCAAGGAAAUUUUCAUGAGUUCCAUAAGGCUUUUAGUUCUCAUAGUCACUCCCACAUUAAAAUAGCUCCUUUCAAGUUUGAUGUCCCAUCUCCAGAUGAUUUGGUUUCUAAUGGAUUGCAUUCCUCGAAAAGGGGCUCAAGAGCCAAUUCUCUCUAUCUCAAAUAUCCAAGAGGUUCUUUGGGCAUAAAUGAGAAGAAUGGUGCAAAUAAUGCACAAUCCACUGUCAAAAGGCCAGAUAGUUCUUCUCUUUUGAUGCCAAAAGGCAAACAAGGUAGUGUGAAUGAGAGCAUUUAUGCAAUGAAUGGAAUGGCCUGUACGCAGUCAAGUUUUGAAAGUUCAGAUAGUUCUUCUGCACUUAUGCCAAAGUCUGGACCUAAUAGUAUGGACAAAAGCAAUUGUUCAAAGAAUGAUUCACUCAGCAUCCGAUCAGGUGAUGAAACUUCAGAGAGCUCAUCUUCAUUGAUGCCAAAAGGCAAAAAUAGUAAUGAAACAUCAGAGAGCUCAUCUUCAUUGAUUCCAAAGGGCAAACAUAAAAGUUCGGAUGAUAGCAGUUCGUCUUCAACGAUUAUGGCUGAGCCUCAUAGGCUUACCAGUAAUUUGAACAAGAUGACUUUGUCUGAUAAAUCUCAAAAUGUGACCAGCAAUAAUGCUUCAAAAAUCAAGUCACAUAAACAGUAUGAACCUGAUAAAUGGAUGCUACCUGACAAAGCAGCAGACCAGUUGACUCAACUGAAUCUUGCAAUUGUUGGCCAUGUUGAUUCUGGAAAAUCAACACUUUCUGGUAGAUUGCUACAUCUUUUAGGACGAAUAACCCAAAAAGAAAUGCACAAAUAUGAAAAAGAAGCCAAGUUACAGGGAAAGGGGUCGUUUGCUUAUGCUUGGGCAUUGGAUGAGAGUCCUGAAGAAAGGGAAAGAGGAAUAACUAUGACAGUGGCCGUUGCUUAUUUUGAUUCCAAAAAAUAUCACGUCGUUGUGCUUGAUUCCCCAGGCCACAAAGAUUUUGUUCCAAACAUGAUAUCUGGGGCAACACAAGCUGAUGCUGCAAUUCUUGUUAUCGAUGCCUCUACUGGUGCUUUUGAAGCUGGUAUGGACAGCAAGAAGGGCCAAACGAGAGAGCAUGCACAACUCAUUAGAAGUUUUGGUGUUGAUCAAAUUAUAGUUGCAAUUAACAAAAUGGAUGCUGUGGACUACUCCGAGGAUCGGUUUAAAUUGGUUAGAGCACAACUUGGAACAUUUCUCCAUUCUUGUGGGUUUAAGGAUUCCCUAGUGUCAUGGAUUCCAUUAAGUGCCAUGAAAAAUCAAAAUUUAGUAUCAGCUCCUUCUGAUGUCCAUUUGUCAUCCUGGUAUAAGGGACCUUGUCUGUUGGAUGCAAUUGAUUCUUUUCAACCUCCUACAAGAGAUUUCUCAAAACCUCUGCUUAUGCCCAUAUGUGAUGUUAUUAAAUCACCUUCAUUGGGACAGGUGUCAGCCUGUGGUAAAUUAGAGGCUGGAGCUCUUCGGACCGGAACAAAAGUUUUGGUUAUGCCAUCAGCAGAUGUAGGGACUGUACGCUCCCUAGAGCGUGAUUCUCAGGCUUGUUCUGUUGCAAGGGCAGGAGAUAAUGUGGCUGUCAGUCUAUUGGGCAUUGAUGGGAAUCAUGUGAUGGCAGGUGGUGUUCUUUGUCACCCUGACUUCCCAGUUUCUGUUGCGAAACAUUUGGAGUUGAGGGUGCUGGUUUUAGAUUUUGCAACCCCAAUUUUGAUUGGCACUCAACUGGAAUUUCAUGUACACCAUGCAAAAGAGGCUGCAAGGGUAGCAAGAAUUGUAUCAUUACUCGAUCCAAAGACUGGCAAGGUGACAAAGAAGGCACCUCGCUGUCUUACUUCAAAGCAACAAGCAGUGAUUGAGGUUGUUUUGCAUGGGCCAGUUUGUGUGCAAGAGUUCUCAAGUUGCAAAGCUCUUGGAAGGGCAUCUCUGAGGGUAUCAGGUAGAACGAUUGCUUUAGGUGUUGUAACCAAGAUAAUUGAGGAUCAGGAGGAGCAGCUGCUAUUACUUUAGAGAGAUUCCUUAAUGGUUGCCACAGGUGACAACCUCGAAAUUGAAAGUCGCAAAAAAAUGCUAAAAGUGGAGUUAAAUCUGGUGCAACAGUAACAGUUCAUUUUUUAGUUAUAUAUUUAACUGUAUUACUUUGAUGUCAAUAUGCCUGUACAAUGGAAUUAGCAGUGCCCAUGUAUUGAUUUUUUCUAUGCUGUGUCAGCAGAGGUAUACUAUAUUAUGUUUGCUACACCGUAAUGUAACAUCCAAUAUAAAAUUUAAUUGCAUUACAUUGCAUUAUGAACCA